UCGUUAUAAAUAAUAAAAAAAAAAUAGGCGAACAAGAUGAUGCACAAUUCAUCGGAAAGUAAGGCGUGAAUAUCUGCGGUUUCCACAUUGUUCGCUUUAAUCCGUUUUCAUACGGAUCAACCAAGUGCAGCAGCACGAUCGACGACUGCGAUUGAACAGCAGGGGAAAAAAAUGAACGCGAGAGACCGAAAAUGGAAUAAAGUGUUAAAAUGUCAAACGAACGGCAAGGAUACGAUGGAAAGUCGGCGGUGGUUCAUCGAUAAGAGAAUAGGUGGUAACCGGCUGCGUUUCGUGCGUUCAUUGUCAGUGCUAGAAGGAAUGACGGCUCGAGGCUGAGGUUUGCGCCUGGUCACCGUGGUGACGGCUGCUCGAUCGUGACAUUUCACGCAUUUCUUCGGGUUCACAUAAAAGUGCAGCUGCGCACAUGCCGCCCGAGUGACCAUCUGCUUUUAUUCACAAAAUUUGUGAUGUCACAAACGCUCGCCUGUCUACGGUAUUUCCUCAUCGGUGGUGCCAUUAUCCUCGGAAUAUGCGGCAUCAUAGAAUCCAUUUGCGCCGGCUAUUUCAUGUAUCAACUGUAUGAAUAUUCGGUUCUCACCCCGAACGAUGUGUGCGGUCCAACGAUUAUGCUAUUAGCGUCAGGUCUGAUUAUGAGCCUGAUCGCAUGGUGCGCAUGGCAAUUCAUAACCUUUGCCGAAACGGGACAAAUAAUAAUUUUUUCUUUAGCGCUAACAAUUCUCACGAUUCUUAAUACGUCUGCCGGGAUCUGGGCGCUCGUCAGACACGAACAAAUGGAUGUGUUACCACGCACGCAACUAGAACAGGUGUUCGAUCUCGCAGUUUCCGACGAUAAGUCGCUAUGGGACGCUAUGCACUCCAAGCUACAUUGUUGCGGGGUAAACGGAGCCGAGGAUUAUCGGGGCCAGGAUGCAAUCCCUUGGUCCUGCUGCAACACCGAGACGCCUGAAAGUUCGAGCGGUGCAUGCACCCUUUACGCAAGGGGCUGUCACCACGUCGUGAUCAAUCGCACCAGAUCGACCCUGCUUCAUAUUUUUCUACUCGCUUUGUGUACAGUAUUGUUGCAGGUUUGCUUCAUAAUGUGCAUGACCUGUUACGCGAGAGCUUGCAGAGACAGGGCGAAACGAAACAAAGACGUAAGGAUCGCCACGCAAGCGCUCACGCAAGAAUCCAAGAGGAGGGAGACAAGCGAACGUUUUCUCAACGCUUGAUUACAAAAUACCAAAGCGACGGCCGGCGUUUGACGAACGAUUUUUUUUGAAGAAGUUUUACCUUAUUUUAGAGCGUUUUCGUCGAUCUUCCAGUCUUCUUAGUCGCGGAUCAACGCCGGCCGCGUCGAUUUCGUUCGUUAACAGAAACGUUUACGGAACACUUUGCAUGUAAAUUCGAAACGCCAGAGAUAUUGUGCCAUCGUGAUUUUCAUACCAAAUAGAUUUGUAAAGUUCCUCGAUUUAAACGUAAGCAAUAAACCAGUGACUUUUAUUGUUA